UGUGAAAGGCGCAUUGAUGCGACCGGAGGCAGCAGCGGCUACAGAGAGCGCCAGGGCCAGACACUGACCAAUUCAGCCGUCUCCCACCCCCUCUUUCUAGCGGGCCAGAGCUUAGCCAAGCCUUUCAGCCGCUCACUCGGCCUGACCAUGCGCUCCUCCGGCCCGGCUGCUGCCUCCGCUUCUGCCCGGCUGCACCUCUGCCUCCUGCAGCUCCUGCUGCUUCUGCUGUGGCCCGCGCCUUUGGGCGGCAUGGAGAACCCCAAAGGAAAGCAGAAAUCGCAGCUCCGUCCCAGGGAGGUUGUGGACCUGUAUAAUGGAAUGUGCAUACAAGGACCUGCUGGGGUUCCUGGCAGAGAUGGAAAUCCUGGAGCCAAUGGCAUCCCUGGUACUCCUGGAAUCCCAGGUCGGGAUGGAUUCAAAGGUGAAAAGGGUGAAUGUCUGAGAGAAACCUUUGAAGAGAGCUGGUCACCCAACUAUAAACAGUGUUCGUGGAGUGCACUUAACUAUGGGAUAGAUCUUGGGAAAAUCGCAGAAUGCACAUUCACAAAGAUGCGCUCUAAUAGUGCUCUCAGGGUGCUUUUUAGUGGAUCCCUUCGACUGAAAUGCAAAAGCGCCUGCUGUCAGCGGUGGUAUUUUACGUUCAAUGGGGCUGAAUGUUCUGGACCACUUCCCAUUGAGGCCAUAAUUUAUUUGGAUCAAGGAAGCCCAGAAAUGAAUUCAACUAUUAACAUUCAUCGAACUUCUUCAGUGGAAGGUCUAUGUGAAGGAAUCAGUGCCGGGUUAGUGGACAUUGCUAUCUGGGUUGGCACCUGUGCAGAUUACCCCAAAGGAGAUGCCUCGACUGGAUGGAAUUCAGUGUCCCGAAUCAUCAUUGAAGAACUCCCAAAAUGAAUUCUGCAAGUCCUCAUUCCCUACCUCCUUUUGUAUACAUUUUAAACAGUUUAUUUUAAGAAAUAUUUUGUACUUUGAAAAAAUAAGUUGAACUUUUUUUUUAACAGAUGUAAUCUAGUAGUGUGUAUUCAGACUUUUUUUUUUUAAUGUCAUGUUAUAAAUGUUUAAGACAGGUUGAGGAAUAUGCUGUUGGUACAAACACUUCCCCCAAACUCUCAUCCCUGGGUCCCAAUACUAACAGCCUCAUUUUUGUCAAACAGGAUUUCUCCUCUCUUCUCCUGCCUUACCUUUGCUCUGUCAAUGUAGCAGCUAAACAAAUUCUAAUGAGAGUCCUUACUAAAGUUAGAGUUGUUUAAAAUUGUUUUAUGUGUGUUAAAUAAAGCCAAAUAA